GUGAAACUGAGUUGAAAUUGAGGAACAACACAUAGUUUGUCCACACCACCCUUGAACAGUGGUUAACAGUUUUCUCACUAACAACAUCUUAACACUGAGAACCGGUUCACAUGUAUAAAUCACGUUGCAGCGAUGGACCUGACUGAGUCCUGGAAGACCAUGGUGAAUGAGACCAGCUCUGUGAAUGACAGCAACUACACUGAUGAAGACUAUGGUGAUAAACAGUUAAUCCUGCUGUGUGACGAGGACGGAGGGUUAGAGGAGGUCACGGCUGGUUGCUUCCUCCUCAUCUUCCUCCUCAGUGUCACAGGUAACGGAUUGUUGCUGGUUGCCUUGUGUCGUUAUGAGGACCUAAGGAGGGUCACCAACCUGUUCAUCCUAAACCUGUUGACCUCUGACCUCCUAUUUACCCUGACCCUGCCCUUCUGGGCCGUCUACCAACUCUCCCACUGGAUGUUCGGUGACCUGGCCUGUAAGCUGUUGACGGGGGCAUACUUCACCGGUCUCUACAGCAGUAUGAUGCUGCUCACCUCCAUGACGGUGUACCGCUGUGUAAUAGUCAUCGGGUCCCGCUGGACUGCCGUUCCCCGGAGACGACUGGGGUACGCAUUGGCCGCCUGCACGGCAUCAUGGGUAGUCAGCCUGGCCGCCUCCCUCAGUGAUGUCAUAUCCUCCCAGGUACAGGAAGUGGGAAACGGGACAAGAUUAUUCAUCUGUGAGGUCUCACCUGGAACUACGGACGAGGAGCUGGGCUACUACCUGCAGGUGUCCCUGCUCUUCGUCCUCCCUCUAAUCAUCAUCAUCCUCUGCUACAGUGCCAUUCUCAGGACGGUCCUGGUAACUGCGACCAGGAGACAACACCGCACAGUGCUGGUGGUCUUCUGUAUCGUGGUAGCGUUCAUCGUCUGCUGGGCGCCGUACAACCUAUUCAUAUUCGUCAUGUCUGUCUACACACCUGUAGACUGUAGGGUCAAGGAGCGGCUGCAUGUUGUGUACGUUGUGUGUCGUAUUGUGGCCUACGCCCACUGCUUCCUGAACCCGGCUCUCUACAUGCUGUCUCACUCCUUCAGACGACAUCUCUGGUCGCUGCUGUGCUGUCUGAUGGGGGAGGAGAGGGGAGGGCAGGGGGGAGGAGGGGAGAGGAGUGUGGGACACAGUUUGUCCCACGUCACCCCUAGACCAACCGGACCUGCUGUGGUGCUUCAGGUACCCAGAGAGAAUAACUAUACAGCUACAUGGAUGGAGCUAAGAACGGAGCAGGAAUGAACUAUGGAACUUUCUCAAUGACCUUCUAUUGGCAAAGGGGUUUUUCCUGCCCCUUCGAAUGGUUAGAAAAGGCCAUGUUUAAAGCUUUGAAUCUGAGGAAUGAGGAAGUGAGAAAACAUUUGAAUCCCUGAUUAUGAUUCUGUGAUACACAGAAUGUGAACACUGUGUUCAGUCCAGAAAUGAUUCUGUGAAUAAGUCUAUGCUGUAUUCAUACACUAUGAAGACAACAUUUUUUUUUACGUAGAAUAUGUGAAAUACUAUAUUAUCAAUGGUUGAUGUAAAACUGGAUACAUGCUAUGUGUGGUUUGAGGUGGUAUGCUAAGUAAAUAAAAAGCUGUGUGUGCA